AAAGCAUUGCAACCUAAACAAUUUGAAACCAGACAGACUACAGGGUCAACACAUUAUCAUAGACAACAUUUAUAGAUUAGAUAUAACUGAAAUUAUAUGUGAUAAUGAGAACUGAGACUGUGGAAAUGGACAGAGGAGAAAGAGUGGAGAUGGUGGUGGCUAUCUAUGACAGUGCAGAUACUGUGAGACGCCGAGAUUUUGGGACACAUGCAGAGAGACAACAGCCACUUCAACACAUAGGAAGUACUUCAGUGAACAACAAAAAGCACAGAGCAGCUGAAGUGUGUUUGUGUCUGCUGUGUUUUCUUCUGCUGAUUGCUGUAAUAGUGCUGUGUGUGUGUUUCACCACUGAGAGACACCAGCUACUAACCUACAUCAGUAACCUGAUUGAGGAAAGAGUGCAGGUAAUGGAACACAACAAUAACCUGACUCAAGAAAGAGAGCAGAUACUUACCAAACAUGAGCAGACACUUAACCACAACAAUAACUUGACUAAAGAAAGACAGCAGGUUUUUACAAACAAUACGAAAUUAACAGCAGAGAAAGAACGUUUACUGAAGGAGAACAAAAUUCUGACUGAAAAAAGAGAGCAGAUAAAAAACGAGAUUAAUGAACUCAAACGUGGACUUUUGGAACAAGAUCAGCGAACUGACAACUUUAAAUGGAUUUACUACAACUUUAGUUUUUAUUACAUUUCCUCUGAGAAGAAAGGCUGGAUUGACAGCAGCCAAGACUGUCAACAGAGAGGAGCAGAUCUGGCGAUCAUAAACAGCCAAAAGGAACAAGAUUUUUUACAAAAGAUUGCUGUUUAUGAGGAUUUUUGGAUUGGUUUGAGAAAGAUACAGGGACUAUGGAAAUGGACUGGUGGCGCCACAAUGACAAAUCGGUACUGGAGAUCUCAGUAUCCGCGUUUAUAUGGUUAUUGUGUUCUGAUCACUUCAACAGGUUGGGUAGAUGAUUCAUGUACUAAUUAUAAAAAAUGGAUCUGCAAGAGAAGAAUUUUACAAUCAUUACAUGAUAUAAAUAUGUACACAUCAUGAAAUAA